AUGCCGGCCCUUGUCCUCUUCAACCGCCGAUGGCAUAUCAGCGGGGACGACUUAUUUUUUCCUGGACUAUUGGAGAUUUUCACCCGAGCUGCAUGGUUAACAGUAAUUGCAGUUGUUUUUCAUCAUCAUAAAGAAGCUUUCAACUGUAAUGGUGGCCAUUUAUUAUGGACAUAUUAUGUUGGUGUCCUAACACUCUUGUCUCUAAGCAUCCUGCUCAGCAUCAUGAUUAUUCAUGUCAGUAUGAAAGGAAGCAUUACUAAUACAUUCCCCAGGAGGAGAAUGCCUUAUCUUCUUUAUCUGAAGGUACUUCUUGGAAUGCCAGAACUUACCUGGAAUAUUCUUGGUUCCUUUUGGGCAUUUGGUAAAUCCACUGGCUGUGAAACUCUUGCAGUAUGGACAGUAAAGGGAGCUGUUAUAUGUGGCUGGUGUCUUUGUGUUAUCAUUAGUGUUGGAAUUGUGAUUCUCUUCGACCCCAUGGGACAUACUCGCUCUCGUGGACACCUUUCUGUGAAAGUUUGGGAAAAAAGGUGUAACACAUUGUGUUGCUGUUCACCUAACAAUGCUGAAAGCAGGCGAGCUUUGAGUGAUGUAGCCAAACUAUUUGCAUCGAUCUUCCAGAACCUUGACUUAGUCCCUACAGAUAUUGCAGCUGGUUUGUUGCUGGUUCAACGACGACAAAUGCUGAGGAGGAUGACCAGCUCUAGCAUUGUAAGUCAGCCUUCCCGUGGCCGAAAGUCCAGAGAAGCUGUCAACCGAGAGACAGGCCGGAUCCUAGUCCCUGGGGAUGCCAGUGACAGUAAUGAGAGCAGUCCCUCACAUGUUGGGUCUGCAAAUGACCAAAGUCAUUGCUCAGAUACUCUGACUUCAUCUGUUGUGAUGCCAAGAGCUUGGAUGCACUUGGGUGCCAUAAAGUAUUACAUGAAAUUUGCCAUGGCAAUGUAUGGAUGGCCCUUGUAUAUGUUUAUGAACACCUGUUCUGGUUCAUGUCGACUAUGUGCAUCUUAUAGGUGCUGUGCUUGUUGUACAAAGGCUGCUGAAGAAGAAUGUGUCAUGGGAGAUAACUGCUGUCUGUGCAAUAUGGCAGCGUUAAGAAAAUUUACAGAAUUCACAGAUACAGAAAUAUUGUAUGCUUCCUUUCAAGAUGAGAUCUUCAAAACUCCCUUUUUUGUAUCUGUCGACCCAAGAAAUGCUGCAGUGGUGAUAUCCAUCAGAGGCACAUUAUCAUUUCAGGAUGCUCUCACUGAUCUGACAGCAGCAACUGAAAAAAUGUAUGAAUCUGGAAGUUCAGACUUCACAUGUCACAAAGGCAUCCUGCAAGCUGCUCGCUACAUCCGAUAUGAACUUGAGGUUCAGUCACUUCUAGAAAAAGGCUUUGAGAAAACCAGGGGAACCAGAAUUGUUGUCACUGGACACAGCCUUGGUGCAGGAACAGCAGCAAUAUUGUCCAUUUUGUUGAAAGAGAAAUACAAUGAUGUCCAUUGUUUUGCCUAUGCACCUCCUGGUGGUCUGCUCUGUCGUUCAGCUAGUGAUUACAGCCAGGAGUUUACCUGUUCAGUUGUUUUGGGAGAUGAUCUUGUUCCUAGAUUGGGUCUUUGCAAUGUUGAGAAAUUAAAGAUGGAAGUUGCAUCAGCUGUAAAUUCCUGUGACUUAGCCAAAUAUAAAAUCUUUUUAAGUGGUUUUUGGCAAAUGUUGUGUGGUCGUCAGUUUAAUCCAAACUUAGGUGAGAGUCCAAUAGCAGAACAGAUGCAAGGCCUUGUAGAUGGCAGCACCAGUAGCUCUUCAGGAGGUCAUUAUGGCAGUAUUGGCGAACCCAUCUUCCAGCAGGAACAGCUUUAUCCCCCUGGCCUUAUUUUGCAUAUUACUGAAGAUAGGGAUGAUAACCUAAGUUUCUUCAAGAAACCCACCUACCACAUGGAGUGGACACGCCCUGACCAGUAUACCCAGAUCCUGGUCAGUCCCAGUAUGCUCACUGACCACCUGCCCAAUUGUCUGGACGAAGCUCUGGAAAGUCUGGAUGUGCCUUAUGAUGAAUCAUUGGUUCAUAAUAUGGCUGAGACUCCCGCCUACCUGAACCCUCUUAACUCUCCUCCCUCUUCCAUCUCUCUUGUUACUACAAGAAUUAUGCUCAAUUUAAAUGUCCCUCCCUGUCUGUAG